GCUCCGGUCUGCGAACUCGACUGGCGCUCAUGGCUUAUAUCCUACUAUACUGAUUGCUGCACCCGAUGCUCGCCGCUUGGGCACACUUUCAGGAAAGUGUCAAAGCUUUUUUUCCACUACAACAUUUGUUACGAUAUGCCCUGAUGCCUCGAUGGCAUGA